CGCGGGGCUGGGUCUACAUCAGCCCCGGCAGGUCACAGCGCUGUCCGAGCGCGGCGGGCGGGCGGUGCCGCCGGGCAGGGGCUCGCCGCUGGAGGAGCCGGGCGGCGAGCGGAGCCCACCUGUUCUGAAAUCGCUGUAUCGAAGGCUACCUCAGGUUUUUUUUGAUAAGCAGGCAUGGCUGUCACGCUGCAUACUGAUGUGGGAGAUAUUAAAAUUGAACUGUUCUGUGAGCGUACUCCAAAGACUUGUGAAAAUUUCCUGGCUCUUUGUGCUAGUAACUACUACAAUGGAUGCGUAUUUCACCGAAAUAUAAAGGGCUUCAUGGUUCAGACAGGGGAUCCAUUAGGCACUGGGAAAGGAGGUAACAGCAUCUGGGGCAAGAAGUUUGAAGAUGAAUUCAGUGAAUAUCUAAAGCACAGUGUCCGUGGGGUAGUUUCCAUGGCAAACAAUGGUCCCAACACCAAUGGAUCACAGUUCUUCAUCACUUACGGCAAACAGCCACACCUGGACAUGAAGUACACGGUGUUUGGAAAAGUUAUUGAUGGCUUGGAGACCCUGGAUGAGCUGGAGAAGCUGCCUGUGAAUGAGAAAACCUAUCGACCUCUUAAUGAUGUUCGCAUUAAAGACAUUACAAUUCAUGCCAACCCUUUUGCUCUGUAGCCACAGAAUGCCUCAACACAUUCUUCAGAGACUGGUCAGAUCAUUCCCAAAUCAUGGGGUUUAAAGAGCCAUCAAGAAGGGUUACUUCUGCUGGAUCAUAUAUUUGCUUAUUGAAUGCAGAAUUUUCAGGAGCUGUGACAUUUUUUGGGAGUUGUCACAGAGAAGUCUUGCACUUCAGAAGCCAGGUUUUCCAAUGUAUCUUCCAGCAUUUUGAUUUUUAAACACUGUUUUUUAUACUUGUAAAAUAAAAAAAAAAUAUAAUUUUUUUUCCCUAA